GUUGCUUUGUUUAUCCACCUUCGCCUGAUCGUCGCGUUUCUCCCCGGCCUGCAGCUUCAAACCCACGAGUACAUACCGCCCAGAAGGCUAUCUACAUAUCUACAUUCGCGAGGGGCUUGCAGCAGCAGUCGAUUGAUUCCCCCCUCCUCCUCACCCCUCCUCUACCGACGUCAUGGCACGAGAUUCGACGGCCGACGCCCAGCUGGCGGCUAUGGGCUACAGAGCGGAGCUUCCGCGUAACCUGAGCAUGAUGUCGAUUCUUGGACUAUCAUUUGCGAUUAUGGCUGUGCCAUUUGGGUUGAGUACUACGAUGUACAUAACCCUGACGGACGGCCAGUCCGUCACCAUCAUCUGGGGCUGGGUCUUGGUCUCGCUGAUAUCGCUGUGCAUCGCCGCCUCGCUGGCGGAGAUAUGUGCCGUAUUCCCGACUGCGGGAGGGGUCUACUAUUGGUCUGCUAUGCUGUCGAGCAGAAAGUAUGCCCCGAUUGCUUCGUGGAUAACGGGAUGGUUGACCCUGGUGGGCAACUGGACGGUAACUACGAGUAUAAACUUCUCUGGCGGCCAACUGAUACUGAGUGCAAUCGCCCUGUGGCGUGAUGAUUGGGCUCCGAAUGAAUGGCAGACCGUCCUGAUGUUUUGGUGUGUCAUGCUGGUGUGCUUACUGGUGAACAUCUUCGGAGCGAAAUAUUUGGAUCCCAUCAACAAGAUCUGCAUCUACUGGACCGCCGCCAGCGUUGUAAUCAUCAUGAUCACUCUGUUAUCGAUGGCCGACACCCGGCGGAGCGGCGAGUUCGUGUUUACGCAUUACGAUGCGUCCGCUAGCGGGUGGCCGACAGGCUGGGCAUUCUUUGUGGGCCUACUUCAGGCUGCGUACACGCUCACCGGUUACGGCAUGGUGGCUUCGAUGUGCGAAGAGGUUCAGAACCCCGAGCGGGAAGUCCCCAGGGCUAUGGUGUUGUCUGUGGCCGCCGCCGGCCUCACGGGUGUCAUAUAUCUUAUCCCGAUACUGUUUGUGCUUCCAAAGGUCGAGGACCUGCUCGGCGUCGCGAAUGGGCAGCCCAUCGGCUUGCUGUUCAAAACCGUGACCGGCAGCGCGAGUGGAGGAUUCGGCCUGCUGUUUUUGAUCCUGGGGAUCUUGUUCUUCGCCGGAGUAGGCGCAUUAACUGCGGCUUCGCGGUGCACCUAUGCGUUUGCGCGAGAUGGUGCCAUCCCAGGUUCGCGGUUAUGGUCGCAGGUUAACCACAAGCGGGAUAUCCCGCUCAAUGGCCUGUUCCUGUCGACGAUUGUGUGCUGCCUGCUGGGUCUGAUCUAUUUCGGAAGUUCUGCGGCUUUCAACUCGUUUACCGGCGUCGCGACUAUCUGCCUGAGCACUUCGUAUGCGAUUCCGAUCCUGAUCUCGCUGCUGCGCGGGCGGAAGCUCGUCAAGAACUCGCCGUUCUCGCUCGGGCGGUUCGGCGUGGCUAUUAACAUGGUGACAAUGUUCUGGAUCGGCCUGGCAGUGGUGCUAUUCUGCAUGCCCGUUUCUAUCCCUGUCCAGGCGGAUGGAAUGAACUACGCAUCCGUCGUAUUCGCAGGCUUCACCGCCAUAUCCGCGGGCUGGUACUUCAUCCGCGGACGAAAGGCAUUCAAGGGGCCGCCCGUCGCAGGCGUGGUAGGACCGGACGCCACGCCGCCGUCGUCCACUGCUGGGGUGGACGAUGGCAGGGAGAGGGAAAAGGCUUGAUUGAGUAUCGUAUGUACAUUGUUUUCUUUUGUAUUGUGGGUUUUCGGAUGGAUGAGGGUUUUAUGUUUUGUGUAAGACGCGUUUGGAAAUGGCGGUAAUGGGGCUGCAGGAAUGCCCGUUAAUGCGGUGGGUGGAUGGGAGGUGUGUGGGUGUGGAUUUGGAUGUGUGUGUGUGCACAUAAUUUAUACACGAGCGGUAUACAUUCCGCUAUGGUGUUUAUACAGGUGUGUAUACACAUGAACGUGUAACUGUGUAGUAAGCUACUGGCGGUACGCAUAGUCACUCUGGAGUCUACAUGCAAGGAAAGAGUGCAAUUAAUUGACU